AUUCAUCUGUAUUAAUUUGAUAAUUUUUUUUUUUGUCAGUUGACGGCGUCCCCCUUCACCGCAACAUCAAAACGGCAGACAAAAAGUUUCUCCACGUUGACUGAUAGAUAUGGCAAUGGUAGUGUGGAGAGGCUCCCAGGACGAUGUGGCUGACACGCAAGGCGCCCUUUCCUCGCAAACGCAAGGACUCUCUCUGCCCACCCCUCAGCCAGGCCAGCUGAGUCUGACAGCCACUCAGGUCGCCCCUCCGACCCCGCAGACGCCGGUCCAAGGGGCGCCGAACAACACGCAGUCCACGCCGACGAACCAGACGACGCAGCAGUCGGAGAAGCAGCCGCAGCACAUCGAGUGCGUGGUGUGCGGGGACAAAUCCAGCGGCAAACACUACGGCCAGUUCACAUGCGAGGGCUGCAAAAGCUUCUUCAAGCGAAGCGUACGGCGGAACCUCACGUACACAUGCCGCGCCAACAGGAAUUGUCCGAUCGACCAGCACCACCGCAAUCAGUGUCAGUACUGUCGCCUCAAAAAAUGCCUGAAAGUCGGCAUGAGACGGGAAGCCGUGCAAAGGGGACGGGUGCCACCCACGCAGCCACACCACGGCCAGUUCGCCUUGACAAAUGGAGACCCACUCCACUGCCAUUCCUACUUAUCCGGAUAUAUCUCUCUUCUGCUGCGAGCGGAGCCCUAUCCAACGUCCCGGUAUGGCAGUCAGUGCAUGCAGCCCAACAACAUAAUGGGCAUCGAGAACAUUUGUGAACUAGCAGCAAGGAUGCUCUUCAGUGCCGUGGAGUGGGCCAGGAAUAUUCCCUUCUUUCCAGACCUGCAGAUCACAGACCAGGUGGCCCUGUUGAGGUUGACGUGGAGUGAGUUGUUUGUGCUGAACGCGGCGCAGUGCUCCAUGCCCCUGCAUGUGGCUCCUUUGCUGGCCGCUGCCGGCCUCCACGCGUCCCCCAUGUCCGCGGACAGAGUGGUGGCCUUUAUGGACCACAUUAGGAUCUUCCAGGAACAAGUGGAGAAGCUCAAAGCUUUGCACGUCGACUCUGCAGAGUACAGCUGCUUGAAGGCGAUCGUGCUCUUCACCACAGAUGCUUGUGGCCUCUCAGAUGUGGCCCAUGUGGAAAGUUUGCAAGAGAAGUCCCAGUGCGCCCUGGAGGAGUAUGUCCGGAGCCAGUACCCCAACCAGCCCACACGCUUUGGCAAGUUGUUACUCCGCUUGCCUUCCCUCCGCACAGUCUCCUCCUCGGUCAUAGAACAAUUAUUUUUCGUCCGAUUGGUAGGUAAAACCCCAAUUGAAACUCUCAUCAGGGAUAUGUUGCUGUCGGGGAGCAGUUUUAACUGGCCUUACAUGUCAAUUCAGUAAAGCAAAGAAGGAGACGAGCGAACAAAAGGUGGGCUUGUUGUUGUAUGUGUGUAUGUGUGCGUGCAUGUGUUGGGUGGGUGUGGGGUGUGGGUGGGCAGGGGGCUGCAAGUCUACAAUGAUUAUAGCUGCUUUUGUGGAAGGAGUUUAAAAAAAAAUAACCGGCUGUUACAUGGGGCUGGCUUUCAUGAAGAAAGACACUGACGUAAAUGACUGUGAAUCCCCCCCACACCCCCCAUACACACAUGCACACACAGCAUCAACACCCCCACCCCCAACAAAAAAGAGAAAAAAAAAUCAAAUAAAACAAAAAAAUUGACACGUCAACUGAACUUUCAAAAUGGCAGAUACAAGCUCCAAGUGUUCCACCUGCUUUGAUUCAGUUUUGUUUUGUUUUUUGUUUGUUUGUUUCUUUGUUUUGUUUUUUUGUAAUGAAAGAAGAAAAUAAGAAAAAAAAUGUUUGUCCUUAUGAGGAUAACUUAAGUAUUAAGUGCAUUUAAAAUGGAAACAUUUGGGUGAAAAUGCUUAAAAAAAGUGGAGAAAAGGGAAAAAAAUUUUUCCUUUACUCAAAUGAUUUGUCCUGUGUCCAUGUAUAGCUGUGUUUUGUACUUUCUUUGUUCCUCCUUUCUGGUUACAAACCGGCCUAUAUGUGAUUUCUGUAGUACAGGUGGUGUUAUUUUCUAAGAUUUAUUUUGGAAAGAAGAAAUAAUGUAAAAAACCAACAUGAAUUCAAACCACAGCAAUAGGAUUAUAGGCUUAUAAUUUUGGCUUAAUGCUGCAAGCGCACUUAUAUUCUUUCGAUGACCAAUAAUAUCUGGGAUUUUUUUUUUUUUCCUUGAAGUUCAACUUUAUGACCCAGUGGAAACAUUAAAGUACCACUAAAAAAAUAGUUAACUUGACUGCAAAUUUUAUGUAAAUUAAUAACAAAAUAUUUUCCACCAUUCUCUUUUGAUACACAUUUAAUAAUCUAUUAUUCUAACAUAAUUAACACUGCUGUUUGAAAUAGUUAAUGCUGCUUUCCACCACUUACCCUUAAAUGUCUCAAAUUUAAGGGUACUUUUUUUUUAAAUUGGCAAAGUCAAGGGUCAUAAAAGUUGUAAACCCAGCCAAAGUAGUGUUUAAUAUCAGUAUUAUUAAAAUGUCACCCUUUAUUCACUACAAGCAUUAAGUGCCUGAUGUGGUUUCUUAUCGAAAUACAGGCCUGUAAAACAGUUUGGGGAACAAAAAAAAAAAAAAUAGAUUUGAAACUUCAGUCGUGUGUUUGACUUGAAAAAACUAUUUAGAAGCAGUAUUCUUGUAAAUAUAGGUCAAUUUGUUUCUUUUCUUCCUUUAUACAAAGUAUAUGUGAUUAAGAAAAAUCUGUGGUUGCCAUUUUUUUCUCUCUCUCUCGGUAAUACGACGUCUUUAAAUUGACUUAGCUGGUAGCACUGACGGUUCUGUUUUUAAUGUAUAUACAUAUUACUACAAAUGUUUUUUUUUCAUGUAUAUUUAGACUGUGAAUGCAUGGCCACAGGUCGCUAACCUAUUUUACCUUUGAUAUAUAAAUGUAAAUGUUUUCUCUCUUUUUUUUCUUUUUCUUUUUUUUUUUUUUGACUGUAUAGAUAUAAUCUGUGCAUUCAGUACACUAGCCCUUGUAUUUAAAGCAACAACAACUACUAAAUAAAAGUAAUGACGUUCAGUACUCGGCUGCAGACGUAAAACAGGGUGAUCAGGUUUGGAAAGGAGUUUGAUAUUUUAUCUUUUAGUGUUACGCUCCUUUGCUCCUUGACAGGUGCCGUGAUGUGCGUGUGAGUGCGUGCGUGCGUGCGCGCGUGUGGAAGCAGUUGGUUUUUCCCCCUUUAUUUUUUUUAUUAUUUUGGCCACACAAAAACACCAUGUUGUGGUCUUUUUCUUUUGUUUUUCUUUUUGUAAGGGAUCGAACACUGAUCUGUGGCUGUGCGGAGCCACACAUGGACCAGAGAAUGAUACAUGAUUGUAAUUAUGAACAGUUUAAACUGACCCACGUUUUUUAUAUAAAUAUAUAAAAUAUAUGACUGCAGGGUAUUGAUAACGUAUAGAUACUUUUUUUAUGAUCAUUAUCAUCAACAUUAUUAUUGUUAUUAUUAUUAUUAUUAUUAUUAUUAAUUGCAAGUGAUAUAUGUGAGUGUGCGUGAAAGUUUAUAGUUGAACACAAUUCUUGUUUGUUUGUGUUAGCUUAUUGUAAACAAGCAUUCUGCUGUAAAUUUGUUCUUGGUAUUAAAUUAUAAUUUAUGAAUUUGAA